AGGAGGAAGAACCGGCGCGUUCAUCUGGCCUUUACUGGACUGGCUCUCCACGCGCUCUGCGCACAAGGAAAACAAACAAGAAGAAGGCUCCGAUUGAGUUUGGACCGUAUUUUUAGCAUCCUUCUUUUCCUCCCCUCUCCCCGUCCCCCUUCCCUUUUUGGCUGUGGAGUGGAGGAGAGAGAGAGAGAGAGAGACAGAGAGAGGGGGAGGGAGGGGAGACCCGGGCGGACGGACCGUGAAGCUGCGCCCCAGCCACCCCGGCCCCGGUGGAUGUCCACUGGAUGCGGGAUGAUGGAUUAACUGCCUCCUCCGGGACCUCCGCCGCUGCUUCUUUCUGACUUCCCCAGACCCCCCCAUCCCACCCCAAUCCCAACCCUAACCCCACACCCCCCCACCCACCACCACCCUUGUCCUCCUCCGGAUUACUUCAGCUCUCACAGACCCUCUCCUGACUCCCUCUCGAGAUGUCCAAGGAAUAUGUUUUGCGGUGCGUCCUGAUGCUCUGCUUUGCGCUCCUCUCGGCCAACGCGAGUAACUGGCUGUACCUCGCCAAACUGUCGUCCGUGGGAAGCAUCAGGGAUGAGGAGACGUGUGAGAGGUUACGAGGCCUUAUCCAGAGACAGGUUCAGAUCUGUAAGCGCAGCGUGGAGGUGAUGGACGCUGUACGGCGCGGAGCCCAGCUGGCCAUAGACGAGUGUCAGUUCCAGUUCCGCAACCGUCGGUGGAACUGCUCCACUCUGGAGAGCAUGCCAGUGUUUGGCAAAGUGGUCACCCAGGGCACCCGUGAGGCGGCCUUUGUGUAUGCCAUCUCAGCAGCCAGUGUGGCGUUUGCGGUCACCAGGGCCUGCAGCAGUGGAGAGCUGGAAAAAUGUGGCUGUGACCACAAUGUGCAUGGAGUCAGUCCAGAGGGGUUCCAGUGGUCCGGCUGCAGCGAUAACAUCGCAUAUGGCGUGGCCUUUUCUCAGUCCUUUGUGGACGUGAGGGAGAGGAGUAAAGGCCAGUCGUCCAGUCGGGCCCUCAUGAACCUGCACAACAACGAGGCUGGCAGGAAGGCCAUCCUGUCACACAUGCGUGUGGAGUGUAAAUGUCACGGCGUGUCCGGCUCCUGUGAGGUGAAGACCUGCUGGAAGGCCAUGCCGCCGUUCCGUAAGGUGGGCAACGUCAUCAAAGAGAAGUUUGACGGCGCUACCGAGGUGGAGCAGCGCAAGGUGGGCAGCACCAAAGUCCUGGUGCCCCGAAACUCCCAGUUCAAGCCUCACACAGACGAAGACCUGGUCUACCUGGACCCUAGUCCGGACUUCUGCGACUACGACCCGCGAACGCCGGGCAUGCUGGGAACAGUGGGCCGCCAGUGUAACAGAACGUCCAAGGCCAUUGACGGCUGCGAGCUGAUGUGCUGCGGCCGCGGCUUCCAGACGCAGGAGGUGGAGGUGGUGGACAGGUGCAGCUGUAAGUUCCACUGGUGCUGCUACGUCAAAUGCAAACAGUGCCGCAAAAUGGUGGAGAUGCACACGUGCCGGUGAUGGACGUGGGGGCACGGCUGGGAACUGCUGAUGAGCAAAACGCCCCGCACCCUCCUCCUCCACUGAGGCCGGAGGGAGGACGUAGGAAACGCCCUUUAAUCCUGCUUGAAUCCAUCCCACUCCUCCAGUUAUUGGUCCGAAUCUGAACAGACUCAGAGGCCAAAGGUCAUCCUGUUCAUUCUUUUGCCACAGUAAUGGCUAUAAAGUACAUUUUGCAUGGGAUUUCCUCCAAAACUACAGAGGCAGUUUGUUUCUUCUAAAGUAGAGAGCAUCUUUCACUUUCUGUCUCCCUCCAUCACUCUCACAUUUGGUUUGUCAUUGUUGUCGAUGCUUCUUAUUUUUGUAAUGUUUAACUUAUUUCUUGAGAGUGAGGAGACUGAUGGGGGCUGACGGAGAAGGAGAAGAAGGGCACAGACGGACCAUAAGGGAAGAAUUGGACG